AUGUUGAAGUUCUUGUCGAAAAAGCCGACGGAUUCGCCGAAAGUUGAGAAGAAGAAGGAGACGAAAAGAAGAAGCUCAGCGGGCAAAGAAGGCUCCGUUGCCUCGUUAUUUUCGCCGAAAAACUCGUCGCCAACGGCGGUGGCCUUGGAACAGUCCAAAAAUUCCGAGUUGUUGGUAAAUCUUGUUCGAAAAUGUUCGCUGAUACAUUCUAAGUAAAAAUAGAACUGAAAAAGUUUCUCCUCGACGCCUUUUGAAAUUAGUCCAUGUUUCUUCAAACUCUAAUGUAUUUGUGAACAAUUUAUUAAUUUUUAAGCCACUUCCCGUCAAUAAUUUGAAUCUGACGAAUACGAGUCAAGUUCCACAUCAAAAAGUGAAAUAUGGAACAGAAAAACUCGAAAAGAAGCCAUCUAGGUGUUUUUUUGAAGACGAUUCAGCAUUUAAAAAGUGUUUUUUGAAAAAGAUUUAAUUUUUCAAUCACUUUCACUGUCGUCAUUUUCUUGAAUGUAAAUGAGAGAACGAAAAUUGAAUGAAAGUUCAUGGAAUCUAGCUUAAUUUGCUGCUUUUUUUUUUCAAAAAAAGAAAGAAUCUUGGAGCUCAUAAAUCUUCCUUCGUUUCGAAGAAAAGCGAUUUAGGACCGUUUUUCAGCACAUUUGAUUUUUUUUCCUAGCUAAAACUUGCAACGCAAGUGUCGUGUUAUUUGAAGCUUGAAAAAAAACAUUCGGACCUUUCUUGAAAAAAAAGUACUUCUUACAGUUCAAGUCAAUACUCGAAGACAAUGCGGUAAUCGUUCAUCAAAUUUUGUCCAGGAAUCGACCAUUUGAAAAGGAAAAUUUGAAGGUUUUGUGUAGAAAUUAUGAAGGAAAGGAAGAAAAACGGACGCUUUAGAAUCAAAUGGAUAAAAUCUCGUUUUCCGAGGAUUUUUCGUCGUCUUCUUCCGAGUUUUUAAUGUUUCAAGUGGACGAGGAUGUUGUGGCCAAGUUUUUGGCCAAUGAAAAUAGGUUUAUUUGUUUUCUCUUCCGAAAAUUGGACCUUUUCGAAGGGCAUUGCAAUUAAUUUGGUUUUUGUUUGUUGAAAAAAAUGUUCAGUUAAUCAAGUAUUUAGCUUUUUUUGGAAGUAUACGUCCUCACUAUAUUUUAAAAUUGAAAACGCAUCUUUUUUCUUCUUUGUUUUUUCUUAGGAAACAAAUAACUUUUCAAUAAUUAAAUUUUUCUUGAAGAUUGGGUGUUUUUUUUCUUUUGAAUGUAUUUUUGCUAAAUAUUAUGUAAUAACUUCUAAAGUAGAAUCUGUGGAGAACAAGUUUUUUGAAAAGGGCCGUUCAAAUUCACUUUUUUUCCUCAUUUUUCUUUUUUCUAGCUUAUCUUUACGGGGAGAUGAUGGCGAUGACGCGGCGAUUUGUACUAACGAGGCUACUUAUCCGAUAAAAAUGGUUUUUAUUCACCAAAUAGGGUGUAGAAUUCAUAUUUUAUUGUCUUUAGGUAGAAUCUGGCGCCGCUAUGCUUUUCCUGCCAGAAUUACUGAAAUCUCCGGCGAAUGAAGAUUUGGAACCGUGUUUCGCUUCGAAAUUGGUUUGAAAAUGUUCAAAUUAUUUUCUGAGGUGUUUAAAUAAGUAUGAAUAUUGAUAGUCUGUUCAGAUUUUGAAUGUCAAGCAGCAAACUCCGCCCACAACCACGCUCUGUGGAAGGCCCGCUCUCUGAUUGGUUUGAUCUACGCAUAAGGGGCGGAGUUUGAGCGAUGAUUUGACAUUCAAAAUAAGAAGUCCAAUAGUUCUCAACAUACGUCUUUAAACAUUCUUGGAAAAGUUUUCGAGAGGCUCAAAAUGUACUUUCAAAAGACUUUCAGAUAACUGGAAGAUCCUUUGCCAUGGGCGAAUUGUGUGCGGCGGUCGACCAUCUGAAUGUUGGAAAAUUGAAGGAUUUGCUCAGAGAAAAGGAACUUUUGUGGGACUGGCAGGAACGGGAGACGGGACACGUUUUCGGGUGAAUAAAGUUGAAGAAAAAAACCAGUAAAGUACUAUGUUUUCCCUUCGAAAAUGGAAAGAAAAAAGUUGCGAGCAUGUUGGAAAAACUCUAGUGGUCACUCGAGAGGCUCCUCAAGGACUACUUGAAUAGGAGUGUGCAUUAAACACCUCUAGAAUGAUCCUCAAGUUGUCUUCAAAAAGAUGGACUUUCAGAUAUUCUAUGGCUGAGCUACUAAAUUUUGUCCAAAUGAGUGAUGGUGAGAUGAAAACGGCGAUUAAUGACCUUCCAGUCGUUGAAUUAAAGGGUUUUUCAGCUAUUGUUUGCUUUGAAAAAAUAAAUAUACCGAUUUUAGGCCGAUUACGAUACCUUUCUCAUAAUUACCGCGCCGAGUUCUUCGGUUAUAUCAUUGAAUUUUGCGACGACGAUGAGAUUCCCGGUGUUUCUAUGGAAAAAGUAUGAAUUCUUAGUUUUAUUUAAAAGGAAAAAAACUUCGAGGUUUCUUUCGAAGCGCUACGGGAGAAGUUUGAAAGCUCAGUUCCGGACUCGGUUCUUAAGUGGUUCUUGAAGCGAAAAUGUAGGCAGAUCCAAGGAGAUGGUUGGUUUUUCUCUUGCAACUGAAAAGAAAGAAAACUGUUCUGUGAGGGGAAAUCGGUGAAAAAUAAGCAAGAUCAAAGCUUUAUAUUUUCAAAGUUUUCAUAAAGUAACCGUUUCGUGAAUAUUAUUUUUUUAAAUAAUAAUCUAGUUUUUUUCUCAAGAUUUAUUUUUAAUCUUCAAAUUAAUUUUUCAAAAUAGUCUGCAGUUCAUUUUUCCAAUUUAUUCUCUAUUUUUUUAAAUGUUGUUUAGUUUUUUUCAUAUUUCGAGAAGAUCGUUAAUUAUAAAUUUAAUGACUUAACUUUUCCAUUAACCUUGUAAAUCCAAAUUUUAAAGCUCUCAAAACCUUUUUGAAUUUGUUUGAAGGCCAAAUGAUCUUUUAUAAUAUUAAGGAUGCUGCAGUGAUAAAUAUUCUGUCAGAAUUAACUGUUGGAAUGCUUAUUUUUGUCGAAAUGAAAGUUAUUUGAAGCUUUAACGAUCUCAUAUUUUCUAACCUUUUUUAUAGUUUGAUAGAAAAAUUUCCUAUUUCCCUUUUAGGCAAUUCAUACAAUCCAUUAUUUUUUUCCAGACUACGAAAUAAUCACCUCCGAACUCGUCAGAGAAACGGCAGUGAUAACAUUGGCCAGACUGCACAAAAUGCCCUUGGAACAAUUCGAACAGCAUAUCAAGGAAAUAUUGCCUUUUGGUGUGGCUUAUAAGUGAGUUUGACGACGUCGAAAUGGUAGAUGAUCUUCUUGGAUUCAGCAAGACGAUGCUGGUCGGCGUGGCUGACGUCGUCGACACGGCGAAUGGACAGGUGAUCGUCUACCUGAGCACCGAGGAUCUGCCCGAUAAGCUCGUUGACAGGUAUUCAUUUUUAGGAGUUUUAAAAGUACCUUUUUGGAAAAAGUUUAAGAGUUCCAUCCAAAUGCUCGAUAUGCUAGCAAUAAUUUGAGAAGUCGCUUGAGCUUUCAUGUACAAUGUUCGAGAAGAUCCUAAAGUGGAUAUUUGGAAUAUACAUGAACCAGACAAAAAAUCGUAAAAUUAUUUUUUCCUCCUAAAAUUUCAUAUUUUCAAAGAAACCGCUCAAGUUAUCACUUGAAAUUUCAGAUUAAACCUGACAUUUCUGGAGUGGUCACUUAAUGUAAAAAGUAGAAAAAAAUUUUAAAAAGUUCAAAGUUUUCGAUUGAAAGUAUUUUCAUUAUUACACAAAGCUUCAAUAAGUUUGAAUUUGCCCAUGAGUAUCUGUAGUGGUUUCUUCAUCUUACUAGUGUUUCAUGAGAAGUUUUGAACUGGUCUUCAAAGGGAACACAGCCAAGUAUCUUUGAAGAAACGAUCUCUCAUAACGUCACCAUGAAGCGCGGCAAGGUGGCGGUCUCUUAUUGAAAUACUACCUUUUUUUUCCAAUGUUUUUCCAUCAAUUUUUCAGAAUGAAAUACCUGCUCGAGCACCGUCGGCUGUGGUCAAUGGAGCAACUCCGGCCGUAUUUUGCCGAUUUAUUCAAGGACAAAGUGGCUUUCGAACGGUUCCUCGUCCAAAAGUGCGAGUACACGUUGGGAGAGAAAAACGAGUUCUUCUACUGUGGCGUCCGCGGCGAGUAA